CACCGCCGGAUGGAUGCGGUCGUGCGGCCGGACGCGGGGCGGCGGAAGCCAGUUGGCGGAGGCUGCGCGGCGCGGCCGGGAUGCGAGGCGCACCCCAGGCCGGGUGGAGUCGGGACCCGCUGUGACUUGUGUCCGCCUGGUGCUCGGACUCGGCCCUCCCCCCGGGCGGCCCUUCGUUCCCGGAGGAGAGUCCCACGGACUGGCUGGGUGUACAGAAAUGUCCAGAAGCCAGAGAGUGUAUCAGAUCACAUGUACAGGAUGGCAGUUAUGGCCCUGGUGACCAAAGAUGAACAUCUUAACAAAGACCGAUGUGUACGCCUAGCCCUGGUUCAUGAUAUGGCAGAGUGCAUCGUUGGGGACAUAGCACCAGCAGAUAACGUCCCCAAAGAAGAGAAACAUAGGCGAGAAGAGGAAGCUAUGAAGCAGCUAACCCAGCUCCUCCCAGAGGAUCUCAGAAAGGAGCUCUAUGAACUUUGGGAAGAAUAUGAGACCCAAUCUAGUGCAGAGGCCAAAUUUGUGAAGCAGCUGGACCAGUGUGAGAUGAUUCUUCAGGCAUCUGAGUAUGAAGACCUUGAGAAUAAACCUGGGAGGCUGCAGGACUUCUAUGAUUCCACGGCAGGAAAAUUCAGUCACCCGGAGAUAGUCCAGCUCGUUUCUGAACUUGAGGGGGAAAGAAAUGCUAAUAUAGCUGCCGCUGCCAGCGAGCCACGCUCCUGAGAUGUCCUCUUGGGUCCUGCAUUCCUGUAACAAUCUGUUUCAUGGUGUCAUGUUUGGCCGCUGUUGGUCUGUUGAUUUCCCCAGAUGUGAGUCUGCUUAUUUUCAGUUGCCUGGACUCCGGCAAGAAACAUGAUACAAUUUGGGCAAUAAAGGAAGCUACAGAACGGGAUGUGGUCAUAAAAAUGCCAUAGAUGAAGACCAGGGUGGGGGGUGGCUUUCAUUAACUAACUAAAUAAAUUAUAAAAACCUUAAA